AUGUUGUUACAGCUGUGCGUCGUCCUGCUGGUCGCGGCCAUCGCGUCGGCUGUCGAGGAGAAGAAGAACGAGAAGCGAGGCUUACUAGGCCUCGGAUACGGACUAGGAGGCGGCUUCGGGCACGGGUACUACGGGCACGGCCUCGGCUUGUACUCGCACAGCGCGCCCAUCGUCAGCCACAGCGCGCCCAUCAUCAGUCACGGGUACGGGUUCGGAGGCUACGGAGGCUACGGAGGCUACGGCGGAUUAGGCCACGGGUACGGACUGGGGCUGGGGCACGGCGUGAUAGCUUCCGCGCCCGUCGUCUCGCACGGGUACUCUGCCCCCCUGCUCGCCGGCCACUACGGGGCGCCACUGCUCGGGCUCGGCCACGGCCACGGCUGGCAUUGA